AUGGGUAACCAUUCAGUUUGUUUGCAGAAUUCGCUGCUAGAGAAGCAAAUCCAGGAGCUAAACUAUCAACUAGAAGACGAUCAGCGGUCUUAUGAGGCAGCGCUAAAUGAUCGAGAUGCGCAAAUUCGGAAAAUGCGAGAGGAAUGUCAAGCUUUAAUGGUUGAACUGCAAAUGCUGCUGGACACGAAACAGACACUAGAUGCUGAAAUAGCGAUUUACCGCAAAAUGUUGGAAGGUGAGGAGAAUCGUGCUGGACUGCGUCAGCUGGUGGAACAGGUUGUGCGCACUCAUGAACUAAGUCAACACGAUGAUACUGAAAUGAUGCGUAUUGUGAAGGGCGAAGCUGCGUCGCGUACUUCGUUUCAGAGAUCCGCUAAAGGAAACGUUUCCAUACAGGAAGCAGCAGCAGACGGCACAUUUGUCGUGCUACAAAAUACCCAUCGUGCCAAGGAAGAAAUGAUUGGUGAAUGGAAACUGAAGAGAAAAAUUGACGGAAAGAAGGAAAUCGUUUACACGAUGCCACGUGACUUCAUCCUUAGACCCGGAAAAAGCGUUAAGAUCGUAGCUCGCGGGCAUGGCAUAUCGUCACCACCGGAGCAACUCGUCUUCGACGGAGAAGAUACAUUUGGCAUCGGCUCAAAUGUACAAACUAUUCUCUACAGCCGUGAUGGCGAAGAACGAGCCACUCAUAUCCAGCGUUCUAGCCAAGCCUGA